AUGUCAAAUUAUACUCAGCUUGACCCAAGCCAGAAUGGUGGGGCAGGCGGCCCGAUGGCAACUGUUUUAUGUUGCAACUGUGGUGUUCCCAUGGACGGGUCCCAGGGGCUCGUUAUGUGCUACGAUUGCAUAAAAUUGAAUGUCGACAUUACAGAAGGGAUCCCUAGAGAGGCAAACGUCUCCUUUUGCAGAAACUGUGAAAGGUUUCUUCAGCCUCCAGGCCAGUGGAUUAGAGCCCAGCUAGAGUCACGGGAGUUGCUCGCAUUGUGUCUUCGAAGACUCAAGGGGUUGAACAAGGUGAGGCUAGUCGACGCUUCCUUCAUAUGGACAGAGCCACACUCGAGAAGAAUCAGAGUCAAAAUCACGGUGCAGGGGGAAGCAAUGACCAAUACUAUAGUGCAACAAACAUUUGAAGUUGAAUACGUUGUCAUUGCCAUGCAGUGUCCUGAUUGUGCCAAAUCCUACACCACCAACACAUGGAGAGCAACAGUUCAAAUCAGGCAGAAGGUGCCCCACAAGAGAACGUUUUUGUAUUUGGAGCAGUUGAUCUUGAAGCACAAUGCACACAUGGACACCGUGUCGAUACAAGAAACCAAGGAUGGCUUGGAUUUCUUUUACGCUCAAAAGAACCAUGCCGCGAAAAUGGUUGAUUUCUUGACCUCGGUUGCGCCAGUUAAGGUGAAAAAAUCCGAGGAGCUUGUGAGUACAGAUAUCCAUUCGGGGUCUUCGAGUUACAAAUUCUCGUACUCUGUUGAAAUAGCUCCCAUUUGUCGUGACGAUUUGGUGGUUUUGCCAAAGAAAUUGGCGCAUUCGAUGGGUAACAUCUCACGGUUGGUGUUGUGUAGCAAGGUCAACAAUGCCAUGCAAUUCGUCGACCCAAACACGUUGCAAACGGCCGAUUUGUCGUCGCAAGUUUACUGGAGAGCUCCGUUCCCAUCGUUAUUGGACGCGACUCAACUAGUUGAGUUUGUGGUGCUAGACGUUGAGCCCACGGGCGAUGUCAAGGGGAAAUACGUGCUCGCUGAUAUUGAAGUUAGUCGGGCAAGCAACUUGGGCAGCAACGACCAAACUUUUUACGUCAGAUCUCACCUCGGAGCAAUCUUGCAUCCAGGCGACUCUUGUCUUGGAUAUUACUUGGGAAACACAAACUUCAACUCGGAGUUGUGGGACACUUUGGACACCGACAACACUGCCGAAGUUGUCUUGGUGAAGAAACACUAUGCAAGGAAAUCUAAGAAAUCAAAGAACAGAAAAUGGAAGUUGAAGAGAAUGGCUAGAGAACAUAAUGACAUUGUUGCCAAUGACGACUCGAGACAGGCAAGGCAAGAACAAGAAAAAGCCGAGAGAGACUACGAAUUGUUCUUGCGUGAGUUGGAAGAAGAUGAGGAAUUGAGACAGACAAUCAAUAUGUACAAAGCCGGUGAGAAUGCGCCACAUGACGGUGGUGAAGAAGAAGACGACGAGGACAACAAUGACGAUAUUGAUGAAGACGAGGAUGAGGAUGCGCCUACUAUCAAACUUGACGAAUUGCUCGAUGAAUUGGACGAUAUGACUUUACAGGAUACACCAAUGGAAUAA